GGUGAACCCCAAGAUCGUACAACGCACCAAUCAAUCCUCAUCCUCAAAACUCUGUAAUCCAUUCUCCAGCCUCUUCUUAAAAAAUCAUCACUGAUCACAGCCUCACUAAGCCUAGACCUGCAGUUCUCACCGCAAGAAAUAAAUCCCUGUAAAUACGGACUUGGCAUCUAAAUAUCCACAAGCACACGAGUACCCACUCCGAUUAUCUAUCUGUCAGAUCCAGAUUUGCCCGUUGACACGGGUCUGUAGCGGGGUUUAACGCCAGAGCCGCUGCAUCUACCGGAUGAUAUCUUUGGUCUGGAAUAUGAAUUGAGUCUUUUUCUCUUCUGUGUGUUUUCCUGCCUUCUUUCAGCUCGUCUUACGAUUCGUUGCGAGUGUUUUUGAUUCCAAUUGAUUCUUGAAGAGUGACUCUGGAAUUGAAACCCAGGCUGACCACCGACUCUUGGACUGGGCAAGGCGAUUUUGAUAGAGUGAAUUAUUUUGAAUACGCAUCUCAAACUCCGAGGUCGAUAGGAGGAACUUUAUAAUCAGAAUCAAUACGUAAAUAUUUGCAAAAAUGGAUGAUUAUAUGUUUACGUCAAAUGUCGCUCGGUGCAGAAAUGUUAUUGAGCAUACUACUUAUUUGGAGAUGGUAUCUUAUUCGGAUCCUACUCUGAAUUCGAUAGAGGAACACCCUUUAACACCUGAUGAAUUUGAGAAUUUCCUCAAUAGAAGGGGUGCUUUUGCGCCUCCAGAAUUACCAGAAGGAGUGGUUCAGAUAGCAUGCGUUCGGUUGAUCCUUCAGUUAAAUGCCAAGCACCCAGAUACUUUCGCUACCAAUGUCCUCAGUUUUCCAUCUGCCUCGUAUAUUUCCAUGGUGAAGACUAUGAAUUUACCUUUUAGAUCGAUCGAAUCUGGGAGUGCUGUUGGUCCUAUAUUCUGGGCUGCUUAUGAUCAGGAUGAAAAGAAUCCCCAUCUACAAAUCGUGAAUCGCAAAAGUGAUGUCCGGAAAAAGGGGUUGACUCGUGGUUGGGAACUUACUCUUUCUCAUGAUAUCAACUCUGGGUUAACAACUGGAUACGCGAAAGGCACAGAAAGUUCCGACAUGGUAGAAUCCAUCAAACAUCUCAAAGCGUGUAUUCUCCAAAUCGGACAUCCGAUGCUGUUACCAGCCAUCAUCUUCUCCCACGACAUAUCAUACAAAACCGAUCUAAAGCAACGAGAUGCACGUGACUGGUUACGAAGACUCGAGCAUGCUGUAUCUAUGCGUUCGGAAAUCGUGGAGAAAGAAGGCUAUGUAAGAGAAGGUGUUAUAGAUCUCGAUGCCAUCAACAGAGAUUUGGUUGAAUGUCACUCCCAAGUGCUAUGGAAGAGGCCGAAGGCUUAUCUGCAGAUUUUAGCCCAGCUUGAGAAGGCAAUGAAGAUGUUUGAGGAAAAAUUACCAGAAAGGAGAAGAGAUGAAACCAUGAGAGCUUUACAGGCUAGCAUGUUAGCAAGGUUUGAUUUCUAUCGGGUGAAGCUCCAGGGUAUCGACAGUUACGCAUAUACAACAUUGCAGAGAUUAGAUAUCCAAAGAAGUGCACUCUACAACAUCAUCGCCCAAAAAGAAUCCAAACUCAAUUUCCAAAUGGCCAAAGAGCAACGCCAGCUUGCUCACGCCGCAAAACGCGAUUCUAGCACUAUGAAAACCAUUUCGCUUCUCAGUGCCAUCUUCUUCCCCGGCGCCUAUCUCGCUUCCGUUUUCUCAAUGACGUUUUUCAAUUUCCAAAACGAGCCGGGAACACCGGCUGUCAGCGAGAGCUUCUGGCUGUAUUGGGCGGUGACGAUUCCGUGCACGAUGAUUAUAGUAGGAUGGUGGUAUGUGUGGGAGAAGAAGAGGGAGAGGAGAUAUUAUUUGGAGGAUAUAGAUUUGGAGAAGGGGAGUGAUGAUAUGGAGAAGGAAAUCAUGGCGACGAUGAGAAAGAGAACGAUGAGUAAGGCUAGUACGUGGGAGAGGCAGAAUCAGAUGGGGAAUGCAAAUGGACAUGUCCAUGGACAUGGUAUUAGUGAGAAGGUUCAUGUGAUUGGAGAGAGAUUGGGGAAGAAAAUGGAGUAGCGCAAGUAAGCCAGCCAGCGAGAAAGUGGAUGGAUGUCUGAGGAGGUUUGAGAGAUGGAAUUGGAUGAGGUAUAUAAUUCUUCCAUUCUUCUAAUCACGGAAUAGGAUUUACAUGCAUGGAAGGAAUUAGGGAAGGGAAAACGGAGUUUUUGCUCUAGCCGUUUGUUUUACGUGGAUUUUAUUUUAUGUCUUACAAUGGUCACGAAUUCACGAUGAUGAGAUAGAUAGAUGUUACGAUUUAUGACGGGACGAAAGAACAGAGAAAUGAAGAGAAAUGAAAUAAAAUGAAAUGGAUAUAGACAAAUGUAUACUAGAUAUACAUAGCUAUACAUAACUAGCCAGGUAUCAAGAAAUGAAAUCGAUCA